UGAAGCGGUCUACGAGCAAGACUAGUUCCGUGACCGUCGCGUCGGGACGCUCGCUCGCAGCGGACCCCGAACAAGAGGCGGAGUCCGUUUGAACAUCCAGUUCCAGUGACGCCGAAAAACGCGCACGGUGGAUCCCCGCCACUCCGGCUGCUGCGCGUGGGCAUCGGUGGGCGCAGUGAGAGAGUUCCGUAUAAAAGCUCCCGCAUCCUCCUCUGCCUCCGACACUCUCUGGUUGAGUGAUACAGUGUCGUCCUCCACCUCCUCAUCUCCUUCUUCUCUAGUGUUUUCUCGGAAACCUUUUCCCGCAGUAGUUAUUCAAGUCCCCGUCUAUGGUUUUGACCCAAGCUUCCAAAAUGUCCCGGACCGAAGAGGUGCACCGUAUAACGGAGAAUGUGUAUAAGUCCAUCAUGGAGCAGUUCAACCCUUGCUUGAGGAACUUUGUUGCCAUGGGAAAGACCUACGAGAAGGCUCUGUCGAGUGUGACAUUUGCAGCAAAAGGCUACUUCGACGCACUGGUGCGGAUGGGAGAGCUGGCCAGCGAAAGUCACGGCUCUAAGGAUCUUGAAGAGGCAGCAUGGGAUGUGCUUUUUCAGAUGGCCGAGGUUCACAGACAGAUCCAAAUGCAGCUCGAGGAUAUGCUGAAAUCAUUCCACAAUGAAUUACUCACAGAACUGGAGAAAAAAGUGGAAUUGGAUGUGCGCUACCUGAAUGCCGCUCUGAAGAAAUAUCAGAUGGAACACAAGAGUAAAGGAGAGAGUCUGGAGAAGUGCCAGGCCGAGCUGAAGAAACUGCGCAGGAAGAGUCAGGGCAGCAAGAACCCCUCCAAAUACGUAGACAAGGAGAUGCAGUACGUCGAGACCAUCAGCAGCAAACAAAAUGAGCUGGAUAACUACAUCGCCGAGAACUACAAGACUGCCAUGUCUGAGGAAAGGAGGAGGUAUUGCUUCCUCGUUGCCCGUCAGUGCGCCGUGGCCAAAAGUAACAGCUCUUACCACACCAAGGGCAGAGAUCUGCUAACACAAAAAAUACCUUUGUGGCAACAAGCGUGCGCUGACCCAAAUAAACUCCCGGAGCGGGCGAUGCUGCUGGCCCAACGGAUGGGAUCUGGAGCAAUGGGAGCCAGCUCUCACCACACCUCCAGAUCUGCCUUGACAAUCUCAGACCCCAUCCCCGGGGCCAAGCCACUUCCCGUGCCACCUGAACUCGCGGCUCUCAUGGGGAACCAACAUACGAGGAUGAUGGGAGCAGAAAUUGUCCCCAUAAAAAACGGCACAGCAGGGGUACAUGGAGGAGACGACUACCAACGCUGGAUGGAAACCAGAGCUGCACACGAGAAACCAUCACCGGCGACCCACAGACACGGCGCUGAGACCUUCUCCAACACCCUGCCUGUCCGCAAGGUUGCUCCCGUAAAGCCCAAGAACACGCUGGCAGAGACCCAGACCCUGCCCAGAUCCAGCUCAAUGGCAGCUGGUCUAGAGAGAAACGGCCGGACGCGUGUUCAGGCCCUCUUCUCCCACGCCGCAGGAGACAACAGCACCCUCCUCAGCUUCACAGAAGGAGACAUCAUCACGUUGUUGGUACCUGAAGCCCGAGACGGCUGGCACUACGGAGAGAAUGAGAAAAACAGAAUGCGAGGCUGGUUCCCGUUCUCCUACACCCGCGUGAUAGCCGAACCAGACACCAAUAAACUCCAAGUCAGUUUGCAGCCCAGUCGGAGCAGCAGCACAGGAAAUCUCCUGGAGAGAGAGAUGGCUUUACCCACACCUGACUACGGCAUGCCCACCCGCUUCCUCACACAGCCACAGAGCACACAACACAGCCGACAGAGACCCUACAGCGUGACAAUGCCUGGAUUCUCACAGCAAGGGUUGGAAAACUAUGAAUCCCGAUUCCAAACAAGUACGGAGGGCAAAUUGAUAUCUACAGUGUGAGAGGACAGACAGACACACAGACAGACAGACAGCACCUUCCCCUUCCGAACACUCACACCACCCUGUCUUGCUUUAUAUCUCAACAAUCCACCUCCCGUUCACUCCACCCACACAGGAAGAGGAUACAGUCUAUCAACCCCUCCCUCCUUCUCCAUAACCUUAUUUUAUCCCAGCUGGAAGCGGCCGGGUGAUCAUGAAAGAGACUAACUUCAAUAUUCCAUGUUGACCUUCCUCAGUAUCCUCGCUCCUAUCAUGUGCUCUCGGAGGAAUUGUCCUGCUUGUCUUUCAUGCAUGUACAGAACAUGUCAGCUGUGUACAAUCCAAAUGCAUCACUUCUGCCUAUCCAGAUGAUAUUGACAUCUGUUGUAGUAACAUUAUCCGGGGGUUUAAACAUGUUAAUAGCUAAAACCGACUUGAGAAAGAUGUGUUCUAUAUUUUGGGUGGUUAUUAUACUUUUUUUUGAUGUCAUUAUAUGCACCUUUAAAUGUUUAUUUCAUUUCAUUGAGGUAAAGUGCGCUCCAUGAUCUCAUUAUGUAUCAUUUUGGAGCGCUUUCAAUAAAGGAGUUCGUUUUGAAUGUGUCAAGUCUUGCCGGGAUAACGUCAGCCACGGGAAUACAGAUGUACAGUAAAUAUUUGACCUUCACUGUGUCUCAAGUGAAGACUGUUAUGUGUUCUUAAAGCCUUAUUGGACUAAAGCAAACCCUUUGGAUUGCAUAUAAAAAAGGAUUUUCCCUAAGUGAUGUAGGGGCAUGUUUCAUGCCCGAAAGAAAAGAGAACUCGUAUCUACAUAGGCCAUAUCACCAUUUCCUGCUGUGAUUUAACUAAAAGUGACACACCUCACAAAUGAAUACAUCAAUUCUGCCAACUGUAGGCUAGUUUAUGGUUGCUAAGUAAUGCCAUUGACCAGAUAUAUUAAUUUAGAAAGAGAUCGCAAGCUGCGUCUCAAUUCGCUAGUUGCCCAAGAUGGUAGUGAUGUUACGUUCUGUGCUGAGGCUUCGGGGCGUGUCGAGAAAUCCCGGAAGCUUUCAGUGAAGCGCGUAUCUUUUUUUGUUUUUUAUUGAACUUCAAAGAAAUACAAGACAUGUUCACAUACAGGUAAAACUUAAGUAAACAUUUUGUGAAGCGCGUAUCGAGGCUUGUAUCGCUUUAGACCACUGACAUCAUAGAUGACGUUUGAAGCCUCGCUUCCGCCUGAGUGGUUCAAGUAAGCGGUUCGAAUCUUGCCGCGACAUUUUGACAGCUAUAUAAACCAAGUUACACAAGCACACAUUUGAUAGCCCCAUUCAUUUCAGGCCAAUACGUUUAUUACACAGUUAUGUUAUACAAUAGUUAUAUACCACCAGAAAAUACACAUUAUAUUCAUAUAAAUAGAUUAGUCUAUGUGGAAAUUGAUUUUUUUCUUCACCGUUAUUUCUAAGCCUUAACUGGCGCAAAAUAAAGUGUAUCAGAGACCACAUCAGGCACAUCUGUAAUGUAUCGGCUUGUUUUACACUAUUUGGCCACCAGAAGCUUCAAUGCUUCAUCUCGCCACCACUACUUUUGGGACACGAGGGUUGGCAGACUAGUUUCCGGUCGUACACUGUAUGGGAAAAGGAGGAUUUUGGGCCGGCCAAUAUGGGUGUUUUUUAGAUAAAAAAGAAGAAAGUAAUAUAUCAGCGAUAUGACAGAUCCUCUUUACAUUGCUGCACUUCGUUAAGCCAAAACAACUCGAUAGUGUUAUAUGACCGAAAAUUAGUCUGCCGACUCUGGCGUCACAAAAGCUCACCGGUGCCAUCUUGUGCAACUAGCCCAUUCGAAGAAGGCUGCGUCCUCCGGAGGUCGCAUUUGUCGAGCGUUUUGUCGUCAUCGAGGAUUUCAAGUUUUAUUUCAGAUAAGCGAACGUUACAUUUCAAGGUAAGAUCUACAAUGAUUACGUCUUAAGAGAAAUAAGCGUUUUAAAUAUUUUUUUUCUGAAAUGAGACAAUUGAUGACGUAUGCACUCGACAAAUGCGACCUCUGGAGGACACAGCCUUCGAAUUGAGACGCAACUUUCCUUAUGUUUACAAGUUUACUGAUUACACUGAUAUUUCCGUCCAGGUGUACUGUAGCGUAGCUAAUACAAUAUAUCUAUAUAAAUAAACUUUAAACUCAUGAGCCAGUGCCUUGUACAUAGCAAAUGUUAUUUUUAAUGUAUCACACGUUUGUUCAAAACUGUUGAAUUAUAAUCAUGCAGGUUUCUUACUGAUAGCCUACAUUUUUUGCUUUCGACACAAUCUCUGUAAAUACAGUUUUUUAUUUUUAAAAACAUGUAAAUACUUGCAGAAAUCACAUCGGAUAACAAAUUUGAUAAACAUCUUUGUCAACACACACUCAUCUGCACACACAUACAGCACUUGUGUAGGAUAUUUUUAGCCGGGAGGGAGAGAUGAAAUCUUGUAAUGAAAAGGAUCUAAUUAAAGACUUUGAAAUUGCCUCUUUAUAAACACAAAAUGCUCAUAAUUAUAAGGUGAUAGUGUUUCUCUGGUGUGAUAUAAAUACCGCUUUGCUUGUCUCUAGUCAGUCACUUAACAGAAAAUAAUUGAUUUUCUCUGUAUUAUAUGCCUACCUGAAAAUAAGUAUCAUCAUGAAAAUGAAGCACAAUUAAAAUACACCUUUAGUAUUACACAAAUGUUGUAAUGCACACUCGUUUUUAUACUUUUCCUCAUUUUUGUUUAAAAAAAUGGUAAAAGACUUGGUAAAAAGAUGUGGUCAUUUAUUUUAAAGGUUUAUUUUCGAGUGCAAUCUUCAGUAGCCUAUAUUGUUCUUUUUAAAGCCAGACCUGCCUGGUGCAUCGUGUCUGUCUCUCCUCUGCCUGUAGGUUUAUUCAUUUGCUUUUCGUUUGUCUUUGUGUGUAACUAAACCAACGUCUUGCUGUAGCUCUGCCAACAUUCUCCAUCUCUGUUUUGACGAAUUUAGAGACAAAAGCAGUAAGAUGUCAAGGACUGGAAGCCAUUGCCAGUGUUUCUUCUUUCUGCACUAGAGUAAAGCCGCGGUACGGCUGCCACGCUCACUGAACCCUGGGUAGAAAUCUCCACCUGUCUGUUUUUAUUGUCAUUUUCUUCUGGAAUGUAAAGAGGAGAAAGUACAACGUACAGAAAACUAUAUACUCCAAUAUGCAUGUGUUUUGAGGGACACCAAAACAGUGUAAUGUUCCUUAAUGGCCAUGUAUGGUGACUUUUGACUCUUGAAAAGAUGAAUAAAAGUUUCUUCAGAUGA